CAGGUUUAAUCUUUUAUGACACAAAAGUCACUGUCAUGAACAGAGUGCUCAACGCCACUGUGCAGAGAACUGCUGACCACGCAGCCCCCGAAAUCACCCUGGAUCCCCUGGAGAUCGUAGGAGGGGAGAUCCGUUCCUCGGAGAACUCCUACUUCUGCCAGGCCGCCCGGCAGCUGGGCUGCGUCCCCUCCUCCCAGCUGUGCGUCAAACUGGCCAGCGGGGGAGACCCCACCUACGCCUUCAACAUCCGCUUCACCGGCGAGGAGGUGCACGGCACCAGUGAGUGACUGGGAGUGGCACUGGGACUGGGAACAGGGAGUGGGGAUGGGGGUGGGAGUGGGCACCAGGGAGUGAGACAGGGAGUGGGACAGGGACAAGGCACCAGUGAGUGG